AUGUCUCAGACGGGGAAAUUGAUGCCAAAUCUCGAUCAGCAAAGCACCAAAAUGCUCAAUCUCACAGUGCUGCAGAGAAUCGAUCCCUUCAUCGAAGAGAUUCUGAUUACGGCCGCGCAUGUAACCUUCUACGAAUUCAACAUCGAGAGCAAUCAAUGGAGUCGCAAGGAUGUUGAAGGGUCUCUCUUUGUUGUUAAAAGGAAUACUCAACCACGGUUCCAGUUCAUUGUAAUGAAUCGGCGUAAUACAGAUAACCUAGUGGAGAAUCUCUUGGGAGAUUUUGAGUAUGAAGUACAAGUUCCAUAUUUGUUGUAUAGGAAUGCAGCCCAAGAAGUUAAUGGAAUUUGGUUUUAUAAUCCCCGUGAAUGUGAGGAAGUUGCAAAUCUCUUUACUAGGAUCCUUAAUGCAUACUCAAAGGUUCCUCCAAAGUCCAAAGUAGCUUCAAGCAAAAGUGAGUUUGAAGAACUUGAAGCAGUCCCAUCCAUGUUGGUCAUGGAGGGGCCACUGGAGCCAUCUUUGAAUGCCUCUACUGCCACUGAUGCCCCUGAAGAUUCUUCCUUUGUGAACUACCUGGCAGCUAUGAAUAUUGGAGGUAAUACUACAAACCCAACAAAUUCAAGACAGGCCUAUCAUUCUGCUGGAACUGUUCCAGCGUCUUCCUAUGCACCCAGUGCUGUUUCACCUCCUGCACCAACUCCACAACCACCACCCCUUUCCCUUUCAGUCCCAUCUACACCAACCCCACAGCAUGUCCCCUCUGAUCUAACCACCAGCAACAAUCGAGUCACUAAUCUUAUAAAGCCCUCUUCUUUCUUCCCUCUCCCUGCAUCCUCAUCUUCGUUGAUUAUACCACCUAUUGCUUCAGCUGUGCCAACUGCUGCUGCACUUCAUCCUCCCCUGAAUCUGCAACGCCCUUAUGGUACUCCAAUGCUUCAACCCUUUCCACCACCGACGCCCCCACCAUCUUUAACUCCUAAUUCUGCGCCUCCGGCUCCCAAUGACGGGCCUCUUAUUAACAGAGAAAAAGUUCGCGAAGCACUGCUGAUGCUGGUUCAGGACGACCAAUUCAUCGACAUGUUAUACCAAGCAUUGCUGAAAGUGCACCAUACAUGA